AUGGACUCAGAGUCAGAGAUCGACGUGCCUCCAUUCUUCCUCUGCCCGAUCUCCCUCCAGAUAAUGAAGGAUCCGGUCAUCCUCCCCACCGGUAUCACAUACGAUCGCGACUCCAUCGAGCGGUGGCUCGGCAACAACAACAAGACGUGCCCCGUCACCAAGCAGCCCAUCCCGCCGGACGCCGACCUAACCCCCAACAUCAUCCUCCGCCGCCUCAUCCAGUCCUGGUGCACUCUCAACGCCUCCCACGGCUUCCACUGCAUCCCCACUCCCAGACCACCCGCCAGCCGGGCACAGAUCUCCAAGCUCAUCCACUCCGCCACGUCAUCAUCCUCACAUCACAGCCAGAUCAAGUGCCUCAGGCAGCUCAAGUCCUUAGCAAAGGAAAGCGAGGCCAACAAGCGCUCCAUCGAGUCGGCCGGAGCCGUCGACUUCCUCGCCUCGGUCGUGGUGAAUUUCAACCACGACUCGGAGCUGGACUGCAUCGAGCAGUUCGGCUCCAGCCCUUGCGACGAGGCGCUGAGCCUCCUGCACGGCCUCCACAUCUCGGAGCCCGCGCUGAAGGACCUGGUCAACAGGAACGGCGAGUUCGUCGACUCGCUCACGCGAGUGAUGCAGCGCGGGACGUACGAGUCCCGCGCCUACGCGGUCCAGAUAUCCAAAUCCAUGCUCCACAUGGCGGACCCGCUCCGGAUCAUCGGGAUCCGAACGGGAUUUUUUGGCGAGGUGGUCCAGCUGGUGAGGGACCAAAUAUCGAAGCAGGCGUCCAAGGCCGCAUUGGGAUUGCUGAUCGAGAUGUGCCCCUGGGGGAGGAACCGCGUCAAGGCGGUGGAAUCCGGCGCCGUUUCGGUCCUCGUCGACCUGCUCCUCGAUUCGUCGGAGCGGCGGGCCUGUGAGAUGGCGCUGGCCGCGCUGGACGUGUUGUGCCAGUGCGCGGAAGGGAGGGCGGAGUUCGUGAAGCAUGCCGCUGGAUUGGCGGUGGUGAGCAAGAAGAUACUCCGCGUCUCCACGGUGGCGACGGAGAAAGCGGUGAGGAUUUUGCUUUCGGUCGGGAAGUCGUCGGCGACCGCCGCGGUGUUGCAGGAGAUGCUGCAGAUUGGGGUGGUGGCGAAGCUGUGCCUGGUAUUGCAAGUGGAGGGCAGCGGGAGGGCGAAAGACAAGGCGAGGGAGGUUUUGAGGCUGCACGCGCGCGUGUGGAAGAACUCGCCUUGUGUGCCGCCGACUUUGCUCUCUUCUUAUCCGGCGGCCCGAGGUUUACGUUGGUGA